AUGAACGCUAAAUUAUUGAUUGCUCUUGCUGCUGUCCUUGCUCUUGCUCAAGUAGAUGCUCAAGGAGUUCCUGCUCUUAGCUCUCUCUCGAGCAAGAUCGAUUCCAUCUCCUCUACUGUCAGUGGUAAUACCAGAACUCCCUUGUUGAGCUCUGCCUCUUCUGCUCACAGCCGUGUCUCUGCUGGCAUUGCUUCAUCCGCCAUCAGAGGUUCUUCCACUCAAGCUGGCGCCAUUAGCUCUCAGUCUGCUUCUGCCUCAAUGGCCUCAAGCUCUGCUGCUAGUGCUCAAAGCUCUGUCAGUAACGCUCACAGCUCUCUCGCCUCCUCUGCCGCUGCUUCGCAAAGCACUGCUUCCAAUGCUGCCAACCCCUUGGUUGGCGGUAGCAACUACUUGCUCCAGUUGUCUGCUUUGGCCGCUGUCUUUAUUGCCAGCUUUGUUGCCAUCCUCGCUUAA